UCUACGCAUGUGAUGUGACUGAGGCCUGACGGACUGUCGCUGUCUGUUAUGGCUCCUCCUGCUACAGUGGAACGGGGCCAGACGUGACACCAGUGCGGGCGAACGGGGAGCAACACAGCGACAAGGUCCUCUCGAGUCGCGGUGAAAGAUGGCAGCUCGUCUAAUGCUCAACAAAAAGACAUAGACGGCGUGCUCGGCGUCGCCUCUUCUGCCGUGAAAGCUUCGACAUUUUCUCAAGAUUACCAACACCCCAAAUGAACUCCGUCAGAGCAAGUAACGUUAGCAGAAGACCUAGGCGAGUAUCAAGGCCGCGCCCGGUGCAGCCGGAUAGGAACCACCAGGAAAGAGAUGAGGACAUUCCUGCAGAAAUGGUUGCAGAAGAAUCCGGUCCAGGAGCUCAGAAUAGUCCCUACCAACUUAGAAGAAAGUCUCUACCCAAGAGAACGGUGUGUCCCACAAAGACAAACAUGGAGGGUGCUUCCACUUCAACAACAGAAAACUUUGGACACCGACCUAAGCGCCCUAGAGUUUCAGGAAAGUGUCCUGAUUUACCAGCUGCUCCAGCAGAACAGUAUUUGCAGGAGAAGCUUCCAGAUGAGGUGGUGCUGAAGAUCUUCUCCUACCUGUUGGAGCAGGAUUUGUGCCGUGCAGCUUGUGUGUGCAAGCGGUUCAGUGAGCUGGCCAAUGACCCCAUCCUCUGGAAGAGACUGUACAUGGAGGUUUUCGAAUACACCCGACCUAUGAUGCACCCGGAGGCAGGAAAGUUUUACCAGAUAAAUCCGGAAGAAUAUGAGCAGCCAAACCCGUGGAAGGAGAGUUUUCAGCAACUGUAUAAAGGCGCCCACGUUAAGCCAGGCUUUGCAGAACACUUCUACAGCAAUCCUGCCAGAUACAAAGGGAGAGAUAACAUGUUUUACUACGACACCAUUGAAGAUGCUCUUGGUGGGGGUCAGGAGCCUCACUUUGACGGCUUGAUAUUUGUCCACUCUGGUAUUUACACUGAUGAGUGGAUCUAUAUUGAAUCUCCUAUCACAAUGAUUGGAGCUGCUCCUGGAAAGGUUGCAGAGAAAGUCGUCAUUGAGAACACCAGAGACUCCACUUUUGUUUUCAUGGAAGGUUCAGAAGAUGCUUACGUUGGCUUUAUGACUAUUAGGUUCAACCCUGACGAUAAAUCCGCCCAGCACCACAAUGCGCACCACUGCUUGGAGAUUACAGUCAACUGCAGCCCCAUCAUCGACCACUGCAUCAUUCGCAGCACAUGCACAGUGGGGUCGGCGGUGUGUGUCAGUGGUCAGGGGGCUUGUCCCACGAUAAAGCACUGCAACAUCAGCGACUGUGAAAAUGUUGGCCUUUACAUCACUGAUCAUGCACAGGGCAUAUAUGAGGACAAUGAGAUCUCAAACAAUGCUCUAGCUGGGAUUUGGGUGAAGAACCACGGGAACCCAAUCAUCAGAAGGAAUCACAUCCAUCAUGGCAGAGAUGUCGGCGUUUUCACGUUUGAUCACGGCAUGGGUUACUUUGAGAGCUGCAACAUCCAUAGGAACCGAAUAGCCGGCUUCGAGGUGAAGGCGUACGCCAACCCCACAGUGGUUCGUUGUGAGAUCCAUCAUGGUCAGACUGGUGGUAUCUAUGUGCAUGAAAAGGGCCGUGGGCAGUUCAUUGAAAACAAGAUCUAUGCAAAUAACUUUGCGGGGGUGUGGAUCACCUCAAACAGCGACCCCACAAUAAGGGGUAAUGCCAUCUUUAAUGGCAACCAAGGUGGCGUUUACAUUUUUGGCGACGGCCGAGGCCUCAUUGAAGGGAACGACAUCUACGGCAACGCCCUGGCAGGAAUCCAAAUCAGGACGAAUAGCUGCCCUAUUGUACGGCACAACAAGAUCCAUGAUGGUCAACAUGGGGGCAUAUAUGUGCAUGAAAAAGGACAGGGAGUCAUAGAGGAGAAUGAGGUGUACAGUAACACUCUGGCAGGAGUGUGGGUGACGACAGGCAGCAUGCCAGUACUGAGGAGGAACAGGAUACACAGCGGGAAGCAGGUUGGGGUCUACUUCUACGACAAUGGCCACGGUGUGCUUGAGGACAAUGAUAUCUACAAUCACAUGUACUCUGGCGUUCAAAUAAGAACUGGCAGCAACCCUAAAAUCAGACGAAACAAGAUCUGGGGUGGCCAAAAUGGGGGCAUUUUGGUUUACAACUCAGGCUUGGGAUUCAUUGAGGACAAUGAGAUCUUUGACAAUGCAAUGGCAGGAGUGUGGAUCAAAACAGACAGCAACCCCACCCUGCGGAGGAAUAAGAUCCAUGAUGGGAGAGAUGGAGGGAUCUGUAUAUUCAAUGGAGGAAGAGGUUUACUCGAAGAGAAUGACAUCUUCAGAAAUGCCCAAGCAGGUGUUCUCAUUAGCACCAACAGUCACCCCACACUGAGGAAAAACAGGAUAUUUGAUGGCUUUGCUGCAGGUAUUGAGAUUACCAACCAUGCUACAGCGACCCUAGAGGGCAAUCAGAUCUUCAACAAUCGUUUUGGGGGAUUGUUCCUUGCAUCUGGUGUAAAUGUUACCAUGAAAGAUAAUAAAAUACAGAACAAUCAAGAUGCCAUUGAAAAGGCUGUGAGCAGAGGUCAGUGCUUAUACAAGAUUUCAAGUUACACCAGCUACCCAAUGCACGAUUUCUACAGGUGUCACACCUGUAACACAACAGACCGCAACGCCAUUUGCGUGAACUGUAUCAAGAAGUGUCACCAAGGACACGAUGUGGAGUUUAUCAGACAUGAUAGAUUCUUCUGCGACUGUGGUGCAGGGACGCUGUCAAAUCCAUGCACGUUAGCCGGGGAGCCGACUCAUGACACGGACACACUGUACGACUCUGCUCCUCCUAUAGAGUCCAACACACUGCAGCACAACUGAGCUGCAGACCUGAGGUCCCUUUGUGCCUCAGCUCAAAUGAACAGAAGACUUUUAGUUGUGCACCAGAAGAGGAAGCCCAAACUAUAAUCCUGAUUCACGAUGACAGAAAAUACGGGCUUAGAAAAACACUUGGGACAUGAAAAUGCUAAAAGAUGUUUAGAGAAAAAAAAAUAUUGAUGAUGAAUGCCUAGCAUUUUCUUUAAAAAAAGUAAAGAAAAAAAGACACCAGUGGAACAGAGAGCAUCUGACUCAAGGUUUGUGGGUGGGUUGAACUGGUCAUUCAAGAAGUGACCAACAGUGAGAUGGACAAACGCCACCUUCCCUCAUCUUCCUUAACGAAGUGAAAGAACAAAAUAGUUUGGUGAUGUACAGAUCCAGCGAGUUUUCAUCAGAGGAUAAGGUCCCACUCAACGAUGCUUCCGCCACUUGGGCGACCGAUAUCCUCGUAUGUAACGUACGGGAUGGAAAAAAAUGACCCAGCACUUCAGCUUUUUUUUUUUUUUUUUUUCCUUCUUCCCAAGACAACUGUUGAGAUUUGAUUUUAUGCUUUUGUGUAGUUUUGUAUUUUCAUGCAAAAAUCUUUACUGUACUUGAAUGUCUUUUAUUAAAUGUUUUUUUUUUUUUUUUGGUUAUGCCCCAGAAUUGCUGUAAUUAUACUCAUGUCGCAGUAUCUAACUUCUUUCUAUGAAAGAGAUCAGAGAAAAAGAGGUAAACACUAAACAUUUUCUCCAGCAAUGUUGACUUUUUUUGUUUUCGCGACACAGGAAAUGUCGAAAUGUGCUUUGACAAGACUGGUGGAAAACAAACGUUAGUUGUGGUAUCACAGCCUGCUUUACAUAUUCUAUGCAUAUAGUUUAUUUUCCAUGUUGGUUGGCAUGAAAACAUAACCGAUUUAGUACAAAACGACUUAUUUGCUACCAAGUAAAAUGUGAGGGUAGAAUUACACAUCUGAUGGGAAAUGAUCCAUGAUUUUUCAAUGCUCCAAGGUUGUCUGUGGCAAGUUGACUAAAUGAAUUGUAAGUCAAGUCAAUCUGUUUACAUCUGGUCCUGUUUUAGUUUUAUUGACUUUAAUCUCAGAUGCCCGACUGUUUCUACAUCCACAAAAUUAAAAGCCACAAGUCUUGUAAAAGUAUAAUUCUUAAGAUUUUUCAGUUUCUUAUUUUUGCCAAUGUUGCUGGAGAACUGAACAGCUUUUGCUCUACAGAAGCUGAGACAAGUAUCUAUAUACAGCGCUUUAUGGUUUCAUCGCCUUCCCUCCCCUCCUUUCAUUCAUGUGUACUGGUGAUUGUGGAUUUCUCAUACAGACUGAAAAUGUAUGCAUGUAUCAUAACAUCUAGACUUAAUAUAUUGUGAAGUAUUCAAUAACCGUUAUGUAGGCGCUAGUGUGAAUUAAAAGGGUUUAAUUUCCUAGAUGAAACAUUGUCAUUUUUUAAAAUAAACUUUAUUAGAUCA